UUUCGUAGGAGGCAGCUUGAGGAUCUCAGAAGUCACUCAACACUGUUCCCUAUGCUGGCACUGGCUUCUCGUGCCCUUGACCAACUCCCACAGUGACCUCACAUCCCAAAGGAAGGGGAUGGUACUGACCCUCCUUGCCCCAGCGUUGGUCUUGGCUCCAGCACCUGUAAAGCUAUGAAAUGCCUCCAGACUGUCCUCGUGUGUUUUCUCUCCACAUUCCUGCUCUCCAGCAGCUUUGCCUGUUACUCACAGCUUCUCCCAAACCCCCUCAGAAUCCACGUGCUCUUGCCUUUCCAGUUACCUUCCAACCGCACUAGGUACUGGCUAUGCCAACCCAUUCGAGAUCCUCCAGGUCCCAGAGUAAGACGCCAUCCACACCUUGAGGAGUUUGCCUGAAAGCAAUAUGGUUAAUAGGGCGGAAAAGUGCCUUCCUGCAAUGUGAAACGUGCCAGCACCAACACCAGCAGGAGCAUGGUGAAAGCAGGCUCUCCAGGGACCAGAAGACAUGUGGCACUGGGACACUCUGGAGCAACAACCAGCAAAGCAGGCUGGAUGCAGGAUACCUGGUGCAGAGGAUUCCAGGGCAAGGUGACUAUCUGGGAGGGACUGGGAAUUCCUGUGUCCCUCUGGCUGGAGUCUGAAGAAGGAAAUGUCUGUUUAGACAUGCCCAGCACACAGGAUUGCCUUAGCUUUGUGAACCGCUGCCCUCCCUCUGCCUGCUGAGCACAUGAUGCCCAAAAAACCACCCAGGCACCUCCCAACACUGACAAAAUCAGUUUUUCCUGGUCAGAAAAUUCCUAAUCCUCCAGAAGCUGUUCAGAUUUCCCCGCAAUGUCCCCCUCAGGGCCGAAAGCAUUUCCCCAUUCCCCAAGGGUGAAAAGGGAACUUACAGAGAAUAUGAUUUCAUAACAGCAAAAUCCUUGGGGUUAGAGUGAAAGGAGCACUUGGGCUAGUGCGAGGGAGAAGUGUGGGCACCGUAUCUGUUUUCAUGUCAAGGUAAGAGAAGGAUCUGCAACACCUAUGAUUGGUAAGGUGAGAUUUUGAAGAAAUACCAGGGACUUCCAGAGCACAGUGAGCACCAGCAGGACCAAACUGGCUCGAGAAAGGUGAAAGCUGAACUAUAUCACUGUGGUGAGACCAGUCUGACUUCGGUUUCUCACCUAAUGGCAAAGGACCUCAGCUUUACCUAUGGAGUCUUGCAGCACUUAGCCAUCAGUCAUAUGGCAGGGCCCCACGGUGCUGCCACCUUGCCCCACACAGCACCAACAUCUGGCCCCAACAGCAGGUGCUGCUUUAUCAGGUUUUAUUACCUCCACUUUUGGGGUCCCAUGAUGUGUAUAACCAAAAUCCAGGGACUUAACAGGGACUUUCUCUCAUUGCAGUGCCCUGGGUAGAAAAAGACCAAGCUCAGAGACCAGGUUCAUCUCUGUCAUGUGCCACCUGGGACUGGAGCCAGAGGGAGUGUGAUCUUACAUAGGACGGCAGUACCAAGCCUCAGUGCUGGUUGGUCCCGGCCCUUGGAGGGUGCACUGAGGCUGUCUCAAAGCUCAGGACUGGUGUGUGCAGUGGGUCUUUCCAGCAGAUCAUAUGGGGGAAAGAUCCAGAGAAAUACACCUUGUGACAAGCAUGUGCAAGAAAUGGGAAAUGCUACACCAGGAAAUGCUACAUCAGGCCAGCUCCUGUUCAAGCAGGCACGAGUUCCCUGGCUGCAUCACCUGUGCCAGCUGUAAGCUGGUCCCUGCAAUGAAACAGGCAUUUCUGCAGCUGAUACCCAUGCCCAGUGCUAGCUCACGGACGUGCAGAUAUCAGUUUGCUCACAGCACCAGACAAACUCCACUUUUGGGCUGUCUGGGAGACAGACAGCGGACUUUAACUCAUUUUCUUGGCCUGGAGAGGCAAACUGCUGUGAAAGUUGGUUAUGCUGUUUUCAGGAACCUGGAAUUAGCAGUAAAUAUCAGCGCAUUAGUCCUGACCUGGACAGCCCAGCAACAGAGUCAAAGCCAAGUCCUUCAGCUGUCCCUCCUGCCCCCAUGCACUUUGGGGUGCUGGAGGCAACAGAAAGCCCAAUGCCAACUACAGAGUGGGGUGUGAAGUGUUGACAAGCUAAAGACAGCCCCAUGCUGAGUUAUAUCCUGCUCUUACCACAUGCUUCCUAAUGGGUGUGUUGGGUUUAGGGCUGUUUCUCAAGUUUGAGUGGCAGGGAUGCAGACUGGACUGUGGUGGAGGGAGCCCUGGCCCUGCAGCGCAGCACCUUCCUGCAGCAGGAGAGAAGUUGCUUCAACACAAUGACUCUGAAAUGUGCUUGCAGGCUGCGUGCUGAGAGCCCUUCCAUGUGUCCCUUUCUGCUCACCCUCUCUCUCUGCAGUUAUGAAACCCCAGCAGCUGCGGAUGCUCUGACUGAGCAUGGGUCAGCAAGAUGGUCUGUCUGUAAGAAAAGGGGCUGAAGCUGUGAAGUUGGUGUCUAGGGGCAGCAUUUCCACACAUUCAGUCCCAGCGCAGCCUUUGGCUGGGUCUGCUCCAGGCUAGUGAGAAGUGUCCACACCCUUGACUGACAUAUGUACAUCUGGAAUCUUGGUUAUUGCAGAAUCCUGGCUGUCCUUGGGCUCCGGAGACACAGGAGGCAGACAGCUGAGACUUUCACUCUUUCUGGGUCAAGGAAGAUGUAUUUUUUAAAGCUGCUUGCACAGAAAAUAAGCAGAAAUUACAAUCAGCCUAUGCCAAUCCCUUAUGUCCCUUACUAAUAUUCUGCCUUUGUGAUUCCUGCCAGCCCGUUACAGGGAUGAGCUACUACACGCUGAGCAGACACAUGUAUUUGCUUUGUGAUCCAGUGGUUUUCCUGAAGAUGCCAAAGGCGCUGCUAUUAACAGCUGUACCCACCACUCCCCAGCCCGCUGUGAAUUGCGCCGAAACCGCCUUUGUUCCCCUCCCCGGGGGGCAGGACCGCGUCGCCCGCGGCUAUAAAAGGGGGCGGCGGCUCCAGCCCCGGUCCCGGCCAUGGGCCGCCCCACCGCCGCCGCCGCGCUGCUCUGCCAGCUGGGGCUCUCCGCGGCCAUCCAGUGGCUCGGGCUGACGGAGAGCGGCAGCGGGGUGGCCUGGAAUGAGAGCCACCACUGCCGGCUGCUCGCCGGGCUGGUGCCCGACCAGUUCCAGAUGUGCCGCAGGAACCUGGAGGUCAUGCCCAGCAUCGUCCGGGCCGCACGCCACACCAAGAGCAGCUGCCAGAAGACCUUUGCAGACAUGAGGUGGAACUGCUCCUCCAUCCAGCGAGCACCCAGCUUUGGCCCUGACCUGCUGAGAGGAACCCGGGAAUCCGCCUUUGUCUAUGCGUUGGCUGCCGCUGCCAUCACACACUCCAUCGCCCAGGCCUGUGCCUCAGGAGAGGUCCCUCUCUGCUCCUGUGGCUCCGUCCCCUCGGAGGUCCCCGGGCCGGACUUCAGAUGGGGUGGCUGUGGGGACAACCUGAGCUAUGGCCUCCAGCUCGGCGCUGCUUUUGCUGACAGUCCCUUAAAAUCCAGCAAGCUGGGGACACAAGCGCUCAAGGCCAUGAAUCUGCAUAACAGUGCGGUGGGUCGGCAGGUGCUGAGUGACUCCCUGGAUACCAAGUGUAAAUGCCAUGGUGUUUCAGGCUCCUGCUCAGUGAAGACCUGUUGGAAGGGACUGGCAAAGUUGGAUGAAAUAGCCUCUGACCUCAAGUCCAAGUACCUGGCAGCCAUCAAGGUAACCCACCGGCUCAUAGGGCCCAGGAAGCAGCUGAUACCCAAGGAAAUGGAGGUCAGGCCAGUGGAAGAGACAGAUCUGGUUUAUCUCAUCAACUCUCCUGACUACUGCACACCAAAUCUUCACCUGGGGUCUCUGGGGACACAGGAUAGGCGGUGCAACAAGACCUCCGUGGGCAGCGACAGUUGCAACCUUCUGUGCUGUGGCCGCGGCUACAACACCUACACGGAGGAGGUGGUGGAGAGGUGUCACUGUAAAUAUCACUGGUGCUGCUACGUGGUGUGCAAGAAGUGUCGGCGGAAGGUGGAAAGAUACGUCUGUAAAUAACACCAGAGGCGUCGUGGCAGGCAGGAGAACUCUUGCACUGGUAUCCUCUGGAGAUGAUACAGCUGGAGACCAAAUGCCAACCACGAGGGGUGCUCCAAGCUGUGGCAAGAAGGGGGCUAUGCGGGAAACCUGGGCUCCAGCAUUACCAUGGAAGAACUCAGACUGAGAGAUGCCAGGAAGCCUAAGGCCGGAGGCCGACCUCUGCUCCACCUCUCCAGAGCAAGACAAAGGGCUGCCCUCCUGCAGCUGAUCAGGAGCGUCCAACCCUCUGUCUCCAGCUGGGGACAAACCAUUUAUCACUCCACAUGCACAGGCCCUUUUCUCCAGGGGUGAAUGGGGAGUCUGGGCUGCCAUUGUCUCUUUGCAGGAGGUUUCUGACAGUGGCCUGAAAGCCAGGAGUGAUGGAUGGGAAAGGGGGUAGUGAGUCCAUUGGGAAAAGGCUGGAGGGGAAGAAAGCUGCUUUGGGUGAGGGGGUCAUGGGCAACUCCUCUGGGGGUAGGUUUCUGCUGCAGGCUCACCCAAUACUACUGAUUGUUCCUCCUCAGGGGCAAACACUGGUCCAGUGCCCUUUGCAGCAUCUGAAAUGAAGACCAGGCUUGACACAGGCAGGACCAGUUACUGCUUCAGGAAACAGAACUCAUUGAUCCUCCCCACGACUUGCAUGGAGAUUACUGCUGCUCUCAGUGCUAACUAAAGAUAGCAGACACACCUAGGGACAGCAGUGGUCCUGGAGACUGCUGAAGCAGGGCAGCAUGGCAAAACUGCACCCAGCAGCCAUGGCAGCACUAUAGCUUCUGCCCUGUGGGCUUGUGUUGGAGGUGGAAGGCCACUCAGUGCAUGGCAUACUCAUGGCUUGUCCUUCCUGCCGCCCUUUCAUUUAGACCACUAAGGUCUUCAGCCCACUUCUUCCAUCCCCUUAAUACCAGGCGUGCUGGCACUCUGGCCUGGAGAGAGGACACAACUGGGGUAAUAAGAAUGAACCUUUAGUCUCUAUACUUAAUGUAAGUGGGAUUCUGGUGGGUGUUUUAUAAAUAAAUGUUUUACAUCUUA